AUGACAAAAAUCGCUAUUAAUCCAUCACCGCAGGUAGCCGAAAAGGUGGCAGAGAGUUUGAAAACAACGAGCAAAGUGGCCAGUGUGAUUAGUCAAAUCGCCUCAGCGGGAGCUGAAGUCGGAACGGCCACCGUGAGAGAUGCUGAAGAGGGAACCCACAUUAACAAAGCAAAAGCCGCCGCAAGAACUAUCGCGAGUGUUGCAGGCGCAAACACAGGUGGAAAAAUUGGUGCCGCGGUAGGAUCGGUGGCUGGACCUGGCUACGGGACUCUAGUUGGAGGAGUCGUUGGAAGUGUGCUUGGAGCAACGACCGCCGGAACUGUUGCUAGUGUUGCCGUUGAAAAAGCAAAGGAUGUUAAGGAUGCUGUGAAGAAAGCGAGA